AGUCAAUAAAUUCCUAUGUCCCGCUCUCUCUCCUCAUCGUCUCGUGAGGAUUUGAUCUCCAGCAGCAUCAUGCCUGAACCAGCGAAGUCCGCGCCGAAGAAAGGCUCCAAGAAGGCCGUCACUAAGACCGCCGCGAAAGGAGGAAAGAAGCGCAGAAAGUCCAGGAAGGAGAGCUACGCCAUCUACGUGUACAAAGUGCUGAAGCAGGUUCAUCCUGACACCGGGAUCUCUUCGAAGGCGAUGGGUAUCAUGAACUCUUUCGUCAACGACAUCUUCGAGCGCAUCGCCGGUGAGUCGUCUCGUCUCGCUCACUACAACAAGCGCUCCACCAUCACUUCCCGAGAGAUCCAGACCGCCGUGCGUCUGCUGCUGCCCGGGGAGCUGGCCAAACACGCCGUGUCCGAGGGCACCAAGGCCGUCACCAAGUACACCAGCUCCAAGUAGAGCUCCGCUACAGCUCCACACACAAAGGCUCUUUUAAGAGCCACACAACUUCUCACUGAAAGAGCUUCUAAUGUUUGUAGGACGCACUGUAAUAUCUCUCAAUUAAACUAGCUUAAGUUAGAUGUGUUGAAGUGGCUUAUUUCUCACAGGUGGCCAGGGAAGGGCCAACAACAAGUCUGGGGUGGCACAGAAUCUUCAUUAUUUUGCUUAAAAAAAAAUGUGUUCGACUAUAAUGUAGGCAUAAUGGGCUAUUUUAGUGCCUUAAAC